AAAUCACUGACAUUUCGGGUUCAAUCCUGACAAGAUGUAUUCCAUAUAUGGUAUUGUUGUCUACUUUCUUGUGCUGCUCAAGAAUGGGUCAGCUUUUGUCUGCAACGAGCAUGAGUUAAUCUGUGAAACGUCUUUAGAGAUAGCCACUUCGCUCACCAUGUUCCACGAAACAGAAAAGGCCGUGUUUUCUAACGAUGGCCGUCUGUACCGUUAUGACGUCACUAACACAAGUUCUGCUACACCAAUAGAUGUUGAUGAAGUAAUUACAGCGGACGGCUGGGAAAUGCAAAGAGUUGUCAUCGUCGCAAACGGCACUCUACCAGGACCGACAAUUACCGUGUACGAGGGUCAAACCUUAAAAGUUCAUGUCAAGAAUAAGUUGUAUUCCGACACAGUCUCCAUUCAUUGGCACGGCCUUCCACAGAAAGACACACCCUAUAUGGACGGGGUCGGAUUUGUGACACAGUGCCCUAUCAAUCCAGGACAAACUUUUACAUACACCUUCAAAGCUAGACCGAGUGGUACAUAUUGGUAUCAUUCCCAUGUUGGAGCACAGAGAACAAAGGGCUUGUACGGUGCACUGAUUAUCAAAGAGCGCCAUCCACCACACAUUGUCCAUGGAGUGGCUGAAGAGUUUGUGAUGCAGAUUCAGGACUGGAAUCAUGAUUAUGAUGUCGACCAAGCAUUUCUUUAUUCUGAUGCCGGUGUUUUUAUUAACAGAAAAGAAAUCAAACCAUCGAUGGCGUUGGAUGGUUCGAAAUUUAGUUUGUGGUACGCUGAAUCAGGUCUUAUAAACGGCAAAGGAAGAUAUAACGACCCUAUCACCAAAGCACAUAACGAGGCUCCUCUAGAGGUGUUCGAAGUUCAUCGCCACAAACGCUACAGAUUUCGCGUGAUAAACGCUGCAGCGAUGUAUCCAUAUAGAAUCUCCAUAGACAGCCAUCCUUUGACAGUUAUUGCCACUGAUGGCUAUUACAUAAAACCAGUAGUUGUAGAAUCAGUGAUUAUACAUCCAGGAGAGAGGUUCGACUUUAUCAUUCAUGCUAACGAAUCCAUCGGAAACUACAUGAUUAGAGGACAUACAUUAGAGGUCAACAGGCGCACCAUUGCAGAGGCUAUUUUGCAUUACAAGGGAGGGAAUGGGAAUUACGUAAAUAUAUUUUCCACGAGAAAACAAUGUCUUCCGUCUGAUAAAUGUUUGGCCUUGAAUUGCCCCUUUUCGUUUUAUCCGAAGGAGCAAAAUAUCGAGUGCAUAACAUUGGAUAAUGUCAGAAGUGAUUCUCCUAAUGAGGUACCAAGUGUUAAAUCCGGAACAUUUCAUGAAUAUUUCCUGAACUUUGCCUUUCCGGGACCAGAUUUUACCCCUGAUUCUAUUAACGGUGUAGGAUUUGCAUUUCCAACUGUGUCGGCUCUAUCUCAGCCAACUGAGUUAACAGAUCAGUGCUCAAAAGUUGACUGUGGAGAGCAGAAGAUAUGUUCUUGUACACAUAGUAUAGACCUAAACCACAACGACACCAUUCAGUUUGUGUUUGUGAACAUGGGAAGAGGAAAGGGUUGGUCUCAUCCAGUUCACAUGCACGGUCACAGUUUUCAAGUUCUAAAGAUGGGGUAUGGUAAUUAUAAUACUUCAACUGGAGAUUUCAUUUCACAGAACACAGACAUAGAUUGUGGAGGUGGAACCACCCAAGAUCAGAGUUUCUGCAAUAACGCUACGUGGAGUGAUCCGUCAUGGAGGAAUGGAAACAUAUCUGGUCUUAAUCUGGUGGAUCCUCCACACAAAGACACGGUUAUCGUCCCUAGCGGUGGCUACGUGGUGGUGAGAAUCAAGGCAGAUAAUCCAGGAUUGUGGAUCAUGCAUUGUCACAUCCAGCUUCACUCAGCAGACGGGAUGAGCAUACUUCUAAACGAGUCCUUUCCUCACCUGCCGGCUGUCCCGAACGGUUUUCCUACCUGUGGAAACUUUGAAGGAGAUGGACUCUCUGGAGGAAAAAAUGCUCCAUCACCAGACUCAUCGGUUCCCACGACUGUUGCCACAAAAACCAAUGAAUGUCGUGAUAAUAUACACAUAUGUGCCGAAAUCAGAGGAGUUUGUUCCGAUGUUCGACUUGCUGAUUUCAGAAACACCAGUUGUAGAAAAUACUGUGGUCUUUGUACAGAUCCCAGUCUACCUACUCAUCAUAAACAGAGACGUCUACACAUCCCUGUCUUUGGUGGUAAACGUUAUCGUGUUCCGUGGCUUCACUAUUAAACGAAAUUCUCCAAACAUUGUAUGUACAUUCACACGUGACUGAGCGUUAGACACGUGUAUGUAUCUAGGGUUGGGACUUGGAAAAGAAGGAGUGUCUCACGGUCUGCCAAACUGCCUCACACCGAGACUCGACAAAGAACAAUUCUAACGUUAAAGUGGCUAGUUACACCAAAAUUGUAUUUAAUGGUUCCUUAAAACACCCCUUAUGAAGUAUGAUUUCACCAUCGAAAGAGUGAUACAAACUUUUGGUUCUUUUAUAUGAUCUUUGGUUUGUUUUGUUUUCGGAAUGCUAAAAAACUAACUUGAUAUUAUAGGAGACAUAUCUUAAAGAAUAUGUCCAGAAAUUAUGAAGGAAUUAUGUAUAAAGUUUUGAUGUGAAGAUUACAAAGAUUUCAACAUCCCUGAACUUACUCUAAAGAAGUGAAAACACGUUUGACUCUAAAGGUGAUCUUGAAUCCUUUUAACGAAUUCUGAGUACCUCUAUUUUUUUCUCCUAUAUUUUUAAAGAUUCGAUUUAAUGAAUUAUUUUUUACAUAUACCAUUAUUUGCUAUUCAUGACAAUUCGUAACUGUAUAUUCUGAAUAUCAAUCAUACCUGCAUCUCGUUACAUGUAGGUUCAAUCAUGCGUAUGAGUUGCGAAACAGCAUCUGGCAUGCAAAAUUGUUUUAUUACAGAUUUAUAUCUGAAAUUUCUGUACUUCCUAGAGGAAAAUCUGCUGGAUCAUCGUCUCUAGUAUAUUCAAGCAUUUUCUGAUAUCAACAAAUCAAAUUUGGUAUCCCUCCCCUGGUACAUAAUGUGUGUCCAGGGGUCCGUGUUUGCCAAUUCCUUAUUUUGUAUUCCUUAUAGGGGUUAUGAGAUUGAUCACUGUUCGUUAUCGUCGCAUUUCAUCGAAUAAUAUAUACAUAUUUAUAUAAGAAAAUAUUAAUUUCUUUUCUUUUUCCACUGAUAUAACAUUUUGUACAUGACAUCUAUUUUAUAUCAUUGAAUGGUUUUCUGAUAUAAAACAAUCGAUUUUCUGUUAUCAGAAUUUGUUGCAUCUUUUGAUAUCAAGAAAUGUUUUUUGACAUCAAAAUAUAAGUUCUCUCUAUUAGAAAAUAUACUAACUAUUUUUGUAACCAGAAAAUACAUGUACAUGCUUUUUUAAAUGUAAAAUCUGAUGUCUUGAUAUUCUAAAAAGGAUUUUUGAUAUUGUAACUUCAUUUUCUGAUGAUAUUAAUUUUUAUCUGAUAUUUUUAAGCAACAAUGGCUUCCUAUGUCCAUGGAUUUAACAAUUCCCCCACAUACUCCCACAUACUUUUUUUUAAAAUUGAUGUUUUUAUCAAAUGUACAUUAUCUUGAUAAUAAGGAGAUAUUUGAUCAUAUCAAUUAUGUCAUAAACUCAAGAAAAACGAAUAAAUAAAAACUAAAACAUUACAAAGCGCAAAUUUGUCUGUAACUUCCGGUGGCAUGAAUAUUUCUGUAAGAAGAUGACAAUUUGAACAGAAAGCCAUGCGUCACAUUUUGUGUUAUAAAAAAAAUUGAUGUCAAGAAUUUAAGAAAUUAAAAAAGAUUUUUCAGAAAAAAAUGUUUUAUGAUACAUAAAAGAAUCAUUUUCUGAUACAAGAAGAUGACUUUGGAUAUAUGUAUCAAACAUUCGAAUUCUUUGAUAUUUUGAUAGAGCAAAGCAUUUUCUGAGAUUUAAAAAAUGAAAAUUCUGAUACCACAAAUUACAGAAGAUUUUGUAAUAUUUCAAAAAGAGAUCGAUCACAAAAUCGCUUUUAUUUCAAGAAAUAUACUAUUUCAUAUCAAUAUAUUCAUAUUUUCUGGUAUCAGAAAUUCAUAUUAUGAUAAUAAGAUAUCAUUUGAUAGAUUGUUUGAUAAAAAAUAAAAUAUCUGAUAUUAGAAAAUGAAUUUUGAUGUCAUAAAAAUUACUCAAACCUUCGCAUCGUAUUAAAAACGUCAUAACUGCCAUUACACAUAUCCAAAUAAUUUUCAUUUUACAAAACGAAAACGAUUAGGCCUAAGUACAUUAUGUAAGUUAAUCACUCAGAGAGACCUGAUUAUCUUUUAAUAAACUUUUCAUGCAUGAAUGAUAUGACAGGCAUUUUCUAAAUGAUUGUUUUAUGUCUGUAUAUUACAUAUCACCUGGAGUCUACAAUGUAAAAUAUUCUACUCUGAAGAAUAAAACAUUUCAUCGAC